AUGAAUUCCUCUUCGUCCUCCUCGUCCAGUGCAAAGGGCCAUCUGUUCCGCCUCGGUCUGUACGACGUGCAACGCACCAUCGGCAAGGGUAACUUCGCCGUUGUAAAACUGGCCCGCCAUCGAGUGACCAGACACCAGGUAGGUGGCUAUCGUCCUCCGUGUGCAUGCGUUUGUGUGUGCCGUUUUGGUCCUCCACCGACGGAUGAUCAGCAUGCAGGUCGUUUUUAUACACAGUACAAAUCUUCGUCGAUGCCACUUGCUGACGACAAAUCGCCAGGCACUCAUUCGAUUAUUGUCCAACUGUCAUCGUCGGACGAUCUCAUGAAAUAUCUUUUUUACUAA